ACUGCUGCUGCUGCUGUUAAUGGUGGUAGUGGCAGUGGUGGUUACUGUAUGGCCAGACACUCAGUCAGCCCAGAUCAACAUCACGGACACACAGACACACAGACACUCAGUGGGAUGGAAGACACAAAAAAUAAAAAUAAAGAAAUUGACAAAUAACUGACAAAAUUCUUGGAUUAACUCCCUGUUACAAGAUCAUCUCACUUUCUCCAGAUUAUCUCCUUGUUACUAGAUUAAAAGAAGAUGGAAGGGUCUCAGAAGAUGAUCCUCUUCUGGAUGUUGAUGUCAGUUAUGGUGCUUCUUAGCCCUGGACAUCGGAUCAACACAGCAUCAGAUUUUUACCAUUCUAGCGUCAUCGAAGAUGAAAAACAUAUCAGAAGUCAUUUGCAAGAAAUUACCAAUAUUGGCGAAAAGGAACUGAGCCCUGAAGAAAUAGAAUUCCAUUUCUUCAAGUUACAUGACUUAAACAACGACACGCUGCUCGAUGGUCUUGAAAUCCUGGCUGCUUUGUUCCAUUCGCAGCCAACGGAAGACAUCGUGCCAGGGUUAAGUGAACAAGAAAUGAAACUCAAGUCCCGAGAUCAAAUCAAGAAGAUCCGUAAAGAGAGGCAGGAGAAAGUGAUACAUUAUUACACAGACAUAAUUGACGAAGUCUUUGAGAAAGAUGACCUCAAUGAUGAUGGUUACCUGGACUACAUGGAAUUUACCAGAACUCACAGACGAAACCAGAAGAGAUUCAGUACCCCACAGGACAAAGAGAUUCAUGUCACCAAAACAAAACCAUAAUAAAAGAUGAAAAGGAAACGGUUUUUUGGAAAGAGAGAAUAAGAAACCAUUUAUUUGUCAUCAACGACUAUUUUUUUGUGGUUUCUUCUGUAAUUCUUUUUUCUUUUAUUUGUCAACAAAACCGAAACUCUUUAUUCUGCAGAAGAUUUUUAAUAGAACUUCUUUAAUAUUUCUGAUGAAAUAUUUUUAAUGAUUUUUAAUUACAAAGUAUAAAUGAUGAGUAAACAUUAAAAAAAAAUCGUUUUGAAGAGAAAAAGAAGCAGGGUUAUUGGUGGGAUUUGAACCACGUAGCUAUUAUUUUACUGGGCAAUCAUUGAGUAAGUUGGUGUAAGUGAAGGGGAUCAGAGCGACAAGUUUCAACUGGGAAGCUUCCUCAGUAUUCAAUUAUCUCCCUUUAACUGGUGAAAGAGAGAGAAAAAGAGAAAAUGAGAGACUUCCCCCACCUCCAUCUUCGUUGCUGUAAACACUGAUUUACAGGCUUUUUUGUAAUUUGGCUUAUGCUAUUUUUGUGUAAAUCGAGGCCAUCUUUUCUUUCAAAUACAUUAAAACCACAAUAAUGUUUUAGUUCCAUGUUUUUUCCCAUUUUGUUAGUCCUUUAGAUCUAGUCUGGAACAAAAGCAUUGCUAAAUCCAUUCAUCCAGUUUCAAUACCUCAGCCUCAUCAUCAGGAUGAAGUAAUUGUUACAACAAGCUGAUCACACGCUUUACAGCAAAGGAUCAUGGGAAUGCUGUUAAAACUGAUAAAACCAUUUCUACCAGUUUUAAAAAUGGUUCAGCUGAAUUAACAUCUGUUGUCUCUGUAUAUUUUUAUUUCGAUAUUAAUUAACUUUCACUAAUUAGUCUUC